GUAAGGGAAUUUCCCACUCACUUCGAUACUCACUUCACCCAAGACACACGAUUCCAUUUGUCAAAUAUAAAGUUCCUAUGGAGUGAUCGAGAUUUUAUAAAAAUAUUAUAAAUUGUAUUUAAACAUAAGUUUUUUGGUUGCCUAAUACAUUAAAAUGGCUAGAUUAUUUGUGUUAUUGAGUUUAUUAGAAGAAGCGAACUCUUUAGAUUUAUAUAACAGCCGACGUCAAGCUCAACAAAUUCGUGCAAUGCGAUUGUUUAAUAGAAAUAAGGAUUAUGUGAAUGUGUACAGACUUUCAGAGGAAUUAAUAAAUCAAUUAGAAGAAGAUAUUAAGUUUUUUAUUAAGAAACCACAACGUCGCCACCGAGGGUUAUCCGUUAGAAUCAAGUUAUUGUGCACAUUGUCGUUCUUGGCGAGUGGCAGUUAUCAAAGGAUAAUAGGGCAAAAUAUAAAUACUUUUUUGUCCCAACCGUCUGCAUCUCGCUGCAUUUGCGAGGUAGUGGAGACAUUAAAUCAUCCAACUAUUAUAAGCAAAUAUAUAAAAUUUCCACAGAAUGCAGAGGAGAGGCUGGCAUUAAAAGAACGAUUUUAUGAAAAAUUCAAAAUUCCUGGAGUAAUCGGGUGUGUGGAUGGGACUUUUGUGACAAUAGUUAGACCCACAGAAAAUGAAGAGCGCUAUUAUUGUCGUAAAGGCAAUCAUGCUAGGAAACCAACGAAGUGGUCGGUAGUCGCUAGUCGCUAGUAAGUAUAAUAAUUAUAUCUAGAUUUUUAUA